GCUGCGGCUCCGCGCGGCCUGCAGUCCCGGGCUCGCGCCCCGCGCCGCCCGCUCGCCAGCCCGCCCGCCAUGGAGCCCGGCCCCGACGGCCCCGCAGCUCCCGGCCCCGCUGCCAUCCGCGAGGGCUGGUUCCACGAGACGUGCAGCCUGUGGCCCGGCCAGGCCCUGUCUCUUCAGGUGGAGCAGCUGCUACAUCAUCAACGCUCGCGGUACCAGGAUAUCCUCGUCUUCCGCAGUAAGAGCUAUGGCAACGUGCUGGUGUUGGACGGCGUCAUCCAGUGCACCGAGAGAGAUGAAUUCUCCUACCAGGAGAUGAUAGCCAACCUGCCCCUUUGCAGCCACCCCAACCCUCGCAAGGUGCUGAUCAUCGGGGGCGGGGAUGGGGGCGUCCUGAGGGAGGUGGUCAAGCACCCCGCCGUGGAGUCCGUGGUCCAGUGCGAGAUUGAUGAGGAUGUCAUUCAGGUCUCUAAGAAGUUCCUGCCAGGCAUGGCUGUCAGCUACUCUAGCUCAAAGCUGACCCUGCAUGUGGGCGACGGUUUUGAGUUCAUGAAACAGAACCAGGACGCCUUCGACGUCAUCAUCACGGACUCCUCAGACCCCAUGGGCCCUGCCGAGAGUCUCUUCAAGGAGUCCUACUACCAGCUCAUGAAGACUGCCCUCAAGGAGGAGGGCAUCCUGUGCUGCCAGGGUGAGGGGCCGCCCUUGGGGGGAGGGGGCGGGGAAGGGCCUGCGGGUGCUGACAACGCUGCCGCCUCCUGCCCCAUACCCAGGCGAGUGCCAGUGGCUGCACCUAGACCUCAUCAAGGAGAUGCGGCAGUUCUGCAAGUCGCUCUUCCCCGUGGUGGACUAUGCCUACUGCACCAUCCCCACCUACCCCAGCGGCCAGAUCGGCUUCAUGCUCUGCAGCAAAAACCCAAGCACCAACUUUCGGGAGCCCGUGCAGCUGCUGACGCAGAAGCAGGUGGAGCAGAGGCAGCUGAGAUACUACAACUCGGACGUGCACCGGGCGGCCUUUGUCCUGCCCGAGUUUGCCCGUAAGGCCCUGAAUGAUGCGGACUGAGCCCAGGUGCCGCUGCCGCCAAGCCCAGGACCUCGGCCGGGGAGCCUCCCACCAGCCCAGUGUCACAGGCCCCAGAACGCUGGGCGGACUGUCUGUCCUUCCUGGUGUGGCAUUCAGCCUCCAAGCCUAUGCCAGCUGUGUACAGCACCACCUCCGCCUUCUGUCACCCCUCACUCACCAAACACGUGUAUUUAUAACAAAAUUCCGAAUUGUGUGUCCCUGGAACUCCAGUGGCCCCAGGUAGGGCUCCUGGGUGUGGCAGAUUCUGCACUGGCCACGCCGGCAGGCCUCUGAGUAUCUGCUGCGUGAGUGAGCAGGCCUGCCUCCCUGUGUAACCUUCCACUGGCCCUUUGACCUCUGUGGUCCCCAGAGACCCAGCAGCUGUUAAACUGGACCCCAGUCUGUCCUGAGAAGCUGCCUUGGUCCUUGCUUCACCAAGCCCCAUACGAGGUUGGUGGUGACAGGCCCAUGGGGCUGGGGCUGGAGGGUUGUCAAAAUCAAAGAGCCUUCUUUUCUCCUGGGCUGCAGAAGAUUUGGGGCCAGGUCCGAUCCUGGGAUGGAUAUUAGCAGUCACCCCAGAGGCAGCUGGCCGGAGCAUGGUUGGGCUGGCACAUCAGGUGCCUUGACUUGGCUCAGAUUUCAGACCUGGUUCAAGUUCUGCCUGCCCCCCUCAAUGAGUGUACCCUCUGGCAAAUUCCUAGAAGCUCCCCCCUCCCCAGUCUUGAGAACUUGAGAAAGCAAGCAUGUGUGACCCAUACCGUGACUCUGGGCACAGCACUGUCCCCUCUCCAAGGUGCUGAACCUACAGACACCCCAGCCCUCCUAGCUGCCAGGACCCCAGGCUCUGGUGCUGGGACAGGAGCCACCAUAGCCAGAUACAGACUAGCAGACGAGGCCCCUGGUCCACUCCCAACUUCGCAGGGAAGGUCCCUGCUCCUUGGAAAUGCUAGCAUCACCAGCCCCACCCCACACCUGCCCUUGGCAGAGACCUGGCCAGAGGAUGUGCUCACCCGGGAAGCUGGGAGGCAGGGAGCGUGCAGGGCAAGGCAGUGGCCCCAACCUAAUGGUGGUUUGAUAACCCCUCCAGCCUCGCCCUUACCCUGCACCACCACCCUGGAGCCCUCAUUUAUCAGGGGCCAGGGCUGUGGUCAAAAUGAGGAUGGAGAGCAGGGGUCCAGCUAUGUCGCCAGCUCCCCUGUGGCCUCAGGCCAGUCACCUGUCCACUCUGGGCUUUGGCUGCUCUGCCCUCAUCAAGCCACUGCACUGAGCACCUUUCAAUAUUCCUCCCUGGUCAGACCCCGAGCGGGCCUCCCCUUCUGCCCCAGAGUCCUGCUGUUCCUAAGGAGGCUGGGUGGAGUCAGGGCUUGUCUGGGCUGCAAGGCAAAUUCCAGGCCAAGGAAGCUAAACUUGAUGAUCCCCAAGGAAGUGCUAGUCACUCCACCUGCCCGGGGCUGUGCUAGGCUGGCUUCCCAGGAGCCACCUUGCUUGGUCUGCGUCUGCACCCUGGGGCUCCCAGGAGGGGCGCGGGCCAAGACCUCCACUCAGCAGCCCUGCCCACGGCCCAUCUUCUGACCAGGCCCUGGGAACAUCUAUACGAGGACACCCAGGGAGUGAAGGUGGGUCUCCAGGCCUGGGUCACGUGGACUGAGCCACUCAAUCCUGACUGAGUUACCCCGGGUGUGAAAUGAGAUAACCCGUGUCCCGCGGUGCUCACUGAGCUGGUGGAAGUCAGGUUCAUUUAUCGGGCUAGGACUGCAGAGGAAGAGGGGAGGGUGCAGGCAGCAGAGGUGCCUGCAAGGAUGCCUGGCCUGGAAAGUCGGAGUCUGCAGUACACCCCACUGCUUCCCCAACAUCUGCGCACAGGGACGCACCUGGAGGGGGUGGAGGUGGAGGACAGGCCCUGGACCCCACAUCUGGGUGGAUGUGAUGUAGACACAGACAGAGCCACUGAAGCGGAAGCAGGCGGACAGGACACAGGUCCUGGACGCCCGGCAGCAGGUCAUGAACAGGCUGUGCCUGCAGCAGGGAGAAAGUAAAAAUCCUUUCUGGAGUGGUGAAGUUCAGGUGUUCAAGUGUCCUGCCCCUGGUUUCAGGACUCAAAAUAGUUCACACGUGGAUUGUUAGAAGAUAAAGAGCAGCCCCCCCCUCCCCCGCUGCCCCAUUUUUCUCCCUGGAGGCAGUCUGUGUGCCUCUGUUAGCUGAUUAUUUUGGUAUUUACUGUCAAGUCUCUAAUAUGCUUGUAUUCCUGCUUUCAUGACUUGUCAGUUUUAGUUGGAGUCUGUUGCUUUUCCACUGGGAAGAUGAGGCUUUGGCUCUUCGCUGCCCUGCCCCCAUCACAGGGAACAGUCGUGGUUGGCUCAGCAGUCAGUAUUUGCACCAGUUUCCACUUUGCAAAUGCCGGUGGCAGCUGAGAUGAGCUGAGUUAUGGUGUUAAAAAUCAUAACUUUUUAAAAUUUCCGGGAUAGCUGCUUGUUCUCCCUGGGGGCUUUUUAAAAAUUUACUCAAUUUUUAAUAUGUUGAUCACUAAUUUAGCCCCAAACUUUUUACCAACCUGCUAAAACUCGGGAUCUUUGGACCCAACACUUCUGAGGUUCUGGUCAAUACACUCAUCAAUUUUUUUUUAUUGUGAGAGUCUAAGUAAUUUACUUAGUCUCAUUGUAAUUUCUAAUUCACCAUCAUAUUUGCUGGAAUGUUCAGUGAUACGAAGUAUUAACAUGCAUUUCUUCAUUAUGAGUUGUACCAUACUGUAAAUAACACUCACUUAGGAAAAAUAACUACU